AUGGCCGACUCUCUCCAAUCUUAUACCGUGGCAUGGAUAGCAGCUUUACCGCUUGAGCGUGCAGCUGCACAGGCGAUGUUCGACACCAAGCGCGAUAAUCCACCAGAGGGCUUCCGCAACAAAGACGGCGACGAUAAUGUAUAUUCUUGGGGGACCGUCGGACAACACAAUGUCGUGCUUGCGUCUCUGCCAUCCGGACGAUACGGCCUCACCUCGGCCGCGACGGUGGCUCAAGGACUCCGUUCAUCACUGCCGCAUAUUCGCGUAGGACUUCUUGUAGGAAUCGGAGCAGGUGUACCAGAACCGCAGACGGAUGGAAAUGGAUCAAUUACGUUCGAGCCAGACAUUCGCUUGGGAGACGUGGUGGUAAGCAACCCCGUUGGGACCACAGGCGGCGUUGUGCAAUUCGAUUUCGUGAAGAGCCAGGAGCGCGGUGGGAGGCAUGUGCUCGAGCGACAAGGCAAUUUGAACAGCCCCCCGGGAGCAUUACUCAGUGCGCUCAGCAAGCUUCGGACGAAGUAUGAGAUGGAAGAUUCGAUCAUUCCAGCCUUGAUGGAAGAUGCUUUCUCACGGUAUCCGAAAAUGUCACAAGCCUACACACAUCCGUGGUACAGAACAGCAGGCGAGGAGCGAGUCACAGAUGUUUAUCACCUUCAGGACGGACGGCCGAUUGAGCGUGACGCACGGAAAACUCCAGAAGUGCACUUCGGUACGAUCGCAUCAGGGAAUACUUUAGAAAAAUCUGCUGCGCACCGGGAUCAAGUAGUAUCUUGGUUGAAAGCGGAGAGAAUCAACCCUCUCUGUAUAGAAAUGGAAGCAGCUGGUCUUAUGAAUAGCUUCCCGUGUCUGGUAAUCCGAGGCAUUUGCGACUAUGCAGACAUGCACAAGAAUGACGCUUGGCAGCGAUACGCUGCUAUGGCUGCAGCAGGGUUCGCAAAGGAAUUUUUGGGGUGCGUGGAUGAAUUGGCGCUGACCCAAACGCAGAAAUUGCGUCUCGUGUACGAUACCCUGCGCACGAUAGACCAGGAUCUUUCCACAGUGAAAGCUACUACCUCUGACAUCGGCCAACAAUCUCAUCUUUUGCGCCUUCAGUCUGCAAGUAGCGCUGCAUAUGAUUGCAGCGGGAAAGACGGCACGUUAUAUGAGUAUUGUUUACCUGAGACGCGAAAGAAACUCAUCGAAGACGUUACGCGAUGGUGCCGUGAAUCCCACCAGAGGUUAUUCUUGAUCAGCGGCAUGGCAGGAACCGGCAAGUCGACUCUGAUCAGGACCAUCGCACGACAGAUUAACGAUGAAGGACUGCUCGCGGCAAGCUUCUUUUUCCGACAGAAUCUAGAUUUUCACAGGGACGGGUCGCGCUUUGUGUCGAGUAUUGUCAAUCAGCUACUUACGCGCCAUCGGACACUACGACCGUUUGUGGCAGCUGCACUUGACGCCGACCGCGACCUACCCGGCGGGCCAUUCCGCAUUCAAUUCACGAAGCUGCUCAAAGAACCACUCGUAAAGGCUGGACUACUUAAGCUCGUUCUUGUCAUCGACGCGCUGGACGAGUGUACGGUAGAGGAUGCGAAGAUGAUCCUCCGCGAACUUGCCAUGCUGGCUCAGGAAAUUGGCCUUCGCAUUGUUGUUACUAGUCGGCCAGAGAAACACAUCGAAGACCACUUCGCCGUUUUCCCCGCGGAUAUGCGAAGACUCGAGACAAUCUGCGAGGAAGAAACCGAAGCUGACAUAAGACUAUUCUUGAAGGAGUGCUUUGACUCUAUUGUCAAAAACGAUGCGCAGCAGCCCUGGCCUCAGCUAAAGGCCGGAUGGCCGACUUCCACUACGAUGGACGAGCUUGUACAGCUGACGAAGCCGCUGUUUAUCUUUGCAGAAACCGUCAUUCGUUACGUCAGAGGAUAUCAUGAUCCGGUAAAAUGCCUGACAGAUCUGCUCAAAGAGAAUCGAAGCACUUCCUUACAAGGCAUGCAACAAGUGUAUCUGCCGAUCCUAAGAAAAGUGUACCGCGACGUUGAAGCGAGAGCGAAGGUCAUCACAAUGUUCAAGACUAUUGUGGGCGCUAUCGUCCUCGUUCAGAAUCCUUUGUCUAUUCCGAGUCUAGGGUGGUUGCUGAAUAUCGAGCCGGGAGUAAUCCAUAAGUUCCUCAAACCGUUACGCUCCGUCCUCAGAAUACCUGACGAUUCUGGAUCGCCUGUCAGCAUUUUACAUGAAUCAUUUAAAGACUUUCUUCUGGAUCAAGAGCACGAAUUCCGCAUUGAUAACCGACUGACUAACGGAGCUCUCCUAGAGCAUUGUCUCCGGAUCAUGAACGAUCGGCUUCGUCAAGACAUUUGCGGGACCAAGGAACCUAGGUCGAACCGAGAUGAUUGCCAGAACGUAGGCGCUCACAUUGCGCCGGAGCUUGCGUACGCCUGUCAAUAUUGGACUUCGCACUUCGAGGGAAUCUCAGAGCUAUCGGACGCACAUACAGAUCACGUCUACAGUUUCCUACAACACAAGCUUCUCCACUGGUUAGAAGCGCUCAGCUGGCUGAACUGUAUUUCGAGCGCUAUCGCACAGCUCACAAAGCUGAAGUCCCACAUCGAGCGCAGCAAGCAUGCUCCACUUUCUGCCUUUCUCGACGACGCGCUCCGCUUCGUCCGCCAAAACCGGUUUGUAAUAGAUCUAACACCACUCCAGCUUUAUACCACUGUACUUUAUUUUGCGCCAAAGAAUAGUAUUGUUCGCAACACUUUUCUUCACCAACUGACCAGUCUAUUCCCUUCGUAUACGACUUCGGAUUGGAGCGCAGAAAUCCUCAAAAUCAGAGGGCACGAUGUUGAAGUUGACACUGUGGCCUUCUCGCCGGACGGGCAGAUUAUUGCAUCGGCGUCUAAUGAUAAGACAAUACGGCUGUGGAACGCGGUAACAGGCGAGGAGAUACAACGGCUCAAGGGACACGAUGGUUCUUUGAACGCAGGAGCCUUCUAUGAGGAGGUCGUCGCAUUGACGUCCUAUGACAGGACUAGACGGCCAUGGGGGCUCGAAGGGUACCGCUCCGCCGUAGCCGUCUCGCAGGCCGGGCAGGCCAUCGCGUUGACGUCCGAUAAGACGGUGCGUUUGCACAACACGAGAACGGGUGAGGUAACGCAGCAGCUCGAGCACAAUGAUCGGGUCCGGGCGGUAACCUUCUCGCCGGACGGGCAGUUCGUCGCAUCGGCCGACUAUAAGACGGUGUGGCUGUGGAAUGCGGAAACGGGUGAUGUAAUACAGCGGCUCGAGCACGAGAAUUGGUUCUAA